CAAAAAAUAACGAAAAAAAAAUAAAGAACACAGAAAUAUGAGCAUGCCCACAAGCCUCUACAAACGACGUCCAACUUACCUGUGUGACGAGUUUGGCAGUUUUUGUGUCCUUUUCUCUUAACUUCUGACGCUUCAAAGAAGUCUGUAAAUAAUAUGAAAAUAAGAAACAAAACACGACAUCCAACUACACUCCACACUUUCGCUCUCUUCACAAAAAUACCAGAAAAUAAAACAAAGAAAGCAAGACUCUCUUACGCGUCGAAAGAGCGACUUGUUUAGUAACGUAGUUAACAGUUUGUUUGUACACACGCUUGAACAGUUUAUCUCUGAUCCUUAAAGCGAAUAGUACAACGUGUGUGGAAACGCGUUAAGUAACGUAACGUCGUCAAUAAUUUCAUUGUCGUUGCUUUCAGAAUUCGUAGUGCGUUGUCUUCUUAUCAUAUGCAACAUGUAUAAACGGCUAGCGACGCCAGUGCCAGCUGCCACACAUAUUCUCAUCAUCAUCGUUUUGCUGGCGUUCAGCUGUCAGCUGCUCACCACUGCUAAUGACGUCACGCGCGACGGCUGCAAUGAGUUCGUUUGCGGUUCCAUCGUCUCCAAGUGCCUCUUAACGCAGAGCUGUCAGUGUAAAUUAAGCAACGCAACUUGUCUGCAAGAAUGUCUCAACUGUUUGGGCGAUUUGUAUACGGAAUGCUGCAGCUGCUUGGAUAUGUGUCCGAAGAUCACGGAUGCACUUGACGCCGCUGCGCCACGUUCACAAUAUGGCGAAUUCGAAGGCUUACCCGAACUAUUCGAGACGCUGACCGAAGAUGAUGACAACUGGACGGUGAUGCGCUUUGCCAUGCGCUCCAGUUCGCGGCGUCAUUAUGGCGCCGGAUUCGGUGUUAGUCUGGUGGGUGCCGGGAACGAUGGUGAUGCCAUUGAUCGCCAAGCCUCGCUACAGAAGCUGCAAUCAACAGCGACAUCAGCAGCGGCGGCACAACUCAAUUGCACCGUGAUCUAUCUGAACGAGUGCAAAACGUUUCACAAGUGUGCGCAAGAUUGCGAGAAUAUGGGCGCGAAUAGUUAUCGUUGGUUCCAUGAUGGCUGCUGUGAGUGUGUGGGCGCCAAUUGUCUCAGUUAUGGCAUCAACGAGAGUCGCUGCUCGGCGUGUCCGGAAGAUGAGGAGAAUGCUGCGGCUGCUGAGGACUACGACGACGAAUCGACGUGGACCUACGGCGAGGAGGAGAAUAAUUAUAAUUAAUUUAUUGUGCGUUGCGUAUAUGAUGACGAGGAAGUGCUGGAAGAGCGAAAAGAAGUUGACAUGUAACGAGAAGUGUUUUUGUUACACGAUUUUUAUACGAUUUAGUGCACUCAGUCAGCCUGCCGCCAGUGAUAAGCUAUAGUUAGCUACAUACAUAUAUAUUAUUGUAUUUGUGUAUAUUAACGCAGCGUUUCUUCUGUGGUGUUGGCAAGUCAAGUGUUGUGGGGCUAAUUGUAUGCCGAAGUAAAGUUGUCUUACUUCAUUUAGUCUUUAGUGUUUUUAAUAUUAAAUAAAUUAUGAAAAUGUGUACGCGCAUGUAAAUGUCUGUGUAUUAGUGUCAUUGUUAUUUUUCGCUAAAAUUUUUGUACUCAUAAAAAAUAAAAUUAGUUUUAAAAUAAUAAAUGGAAAUUAAUUACAAAAAAAAUU